UAUCAAUGAAUUUUGCGGGGAAAAGGAACAAGGGUUAAAUUUAUAGUGUGUAUUUUGUGGAGUUCAUAAUAUUUGCUGUAGUAAAGCGAAGCUUUUUUUUUCUUUCUCUUAACAUUAAACUUCCUCCCCCCCUCCUCUUCUUUAGAAAAAAAAAAUUAUUUAACUCCCCACUCUAAUAGAAUAAAUAUUAUGUUGCGCGUCAUUAAUAAGACAAGCGUAGCACGCAGAUCACCAGCUAUUCUUAAAACUGGAGUCCGUGCUUUCGCUGCAUCAACCAAUGUCAAAGACGAAGUAGAAGUUUUCAUUGAUGGAAAGUCUGUCAUGAUUGAACAAGGCGCUGCCUUAAUUCAAGCUUGUGAAAAAGCUGGUGUUGAUAUUCCCCGCUUCUGUUAUCAUGAGCGCCUUUCAGUUGCUGGUAAUUGUCGUAUGUGUCUAGUUGAAGUUGAACGUGCACCUAAACCAGUUGCUUCAUGUGCUUAUCCAAUUAUACCUGGCAUGAAGGUGAAGACAAAUACCCCGAUGGUCCACAAGGCCCGUGAAGGUGUUAUGGAAUUUUUAUUAUACAACCAUCCUUUGGAUUGUCCUAUCUGUGACCAAGGUGGUGAGUGUGAUCUUCAGGAUCAAAGUAUGCGUUAUGGUUCUGAUCGUAGCCGUUUCCGUGAGCCUAUGGGCAAGCGUUCUGUUGAAGAUAAAAAUUUUGGCCCACUUAUUAAUACAGAAAUGACACGUUGUAUUCAAUGUACUCGUUGUGUUCGUUUUGCUAAUGAAGUAGCAGGUGCUACUGAACUCGGUACAGCCGGUCGAGGUAAUGACAUGCAGAUCACCACUUAUAUUGAGAAGACUAUUGCAUCUGAAAUGUCCGGUAAUGUCAUUGAUCUUUGUCCUGUUGGUGCUUUGUUAUCAAAGCCUUACAAUAUGAAAGCAAGACCUUGGGAAUUAAAGAAAUAUGAAACGAUUGAUGUAUCUGAUGCUAUUGGCUCAAAUAUUCGUCUCGAUACUCGUGGUGUCGAAGUUAUGCGUAUCCUUCCUAGAUUGAAUGAAGAAAUUAAUGAAGAAUGGAUUUCUGAUAAGACUCGUUUCUUCUAUGACGGUCUUAAAGUUCAGCGUCUCACCACACCUUUAAUUCGUGAAGGAAACCGUUUUGUUCCUGCUACUUGGGAAAGUGCCUUGAAGCGUGUUGCUCGUGAACUUGCUUCUGCUCAAGGUAACUCCGCCAAGGCUGUCGCUGGUCAUCUCGCUGAUGCUGAAUCUAUGGUAGCUAUGAAAGAUCUUUUCAAUCGUAUUGGUUCUGAAAAUUUGACUAUUGAUGCUCCUAAUGGUUCUAAGCCUCUUGCUAUUAAUGCUGAUUUCCGAUCUAAUUAUGUCUUGAACUCGACUAUUGCUGGUGCUGAAGAAGCUGAUGUAGUUCUCUUAAUUGGUACAAACCCUCGUCAUGAAGCACCCAUUUUGAAUACACGUUUCCGUAAAUCAUGGCUUCAUUAUCAACAAGAUCUUGGUUUAAUUGGUCAACCUGACGACUUGAAUUAUGAAUAUACUCAUAUUGGUGCCAGUUCAAAGGACAUUGAAAAGAUUUUAGAUGGCUCUCAUCCUUUUGCUAAGCGUCUUACUGAAGCCAAGAAGCCCAUGAUUGUUGUUGGCUCUGGUGUGAUUGAAAAUGCAAAGGAUAGUGCCUAUCUCCUCUCAAAGGUAUCUGAACUAGCAGAAAAGCAUAAGAAGACUUUAUUCCAAGAUGGCUGGAAUGGUGUUAAUAUUUUACAACGUGCUGCUAGUAGAACAGCUGCCUAUGAAAUUGGUUUUGUCCCUACCUCAAGCGAGGCCGCUUCAACGCCUGUCAAAUUCCUCUAUCUUUUAAACGCUGAUGAAAUUUCACCUUCUGAUAUUCCUAAAGAUGCCUUUGUUGUUUAUCAAGGUCAUCAUGGUGAUGUCGGUGCUCAAUAUGCUGAUGUUAUCCUUCCUGGUUCUGCCUUCACAGAGAAGAAUGCCACUUAUGUUAAUACAGAAGGUCGUACACAACUUACACGUGCUGGUGUUAACGCUCCAGCUGCAGCUCGUGAGGAUUGGAAGAUUAUUCGUGCCUUAUCUGAAGUUGCAGGACAUACACUUCCCUAUGAUGAUCUUUCAUCCAUUCGCUCUCGUCUUUCAGAAAUUAGUCCUGCCCUUACUCGUUAUGAUAUAAUUGAAACACCCUCUAUAUCACAGCUUGGAUUAAAUACUCAACGUAAUCCUAAAGCACAAAGCACAGGAGAAGUUUUGACAUCUGUCAUUAAGAACUUUUACCGUACAGAUCCUAUUUCUCGUGCUUCAAGUACAAUGGCUAAAUGUACUAAGGCAUGGGUAGAAAAUAAAGAUGGUGAAGCAGAACUUAAGUCUGGUACUUCAUAAUAAAUGUUAAUUUUUUUUUACUGCAUAUAAAUGGCAAAUCUUUCUCGGGAUUUUUUUUUUCUUUUUUAGAUUGUUUUAAUAUUUAUACACAAAAAUCCACACAUAUAUAAAGGAGGGAAAAAAAAAAUAAAAAAAACACUAUUAUCGUUUCUUUUUUAAUU